CCUGCCCCUCCCCCAUCGAUGCGGUCUGUUGUUGUGUGGUGCAAGCGGGGGAAAUCUCGCGAUUGUUGGCCUUAAAAGAGAGAGUUGGUGAAGAUGGCGCCUGUUGUGACAGGGAAAUUUGGGGAGCUUCCUCAGCCAAAGCGUUUGACGAGAGAGGCGAUGCGGAACUACUUGAAGGAGAGAGGAGAUCAGACUGUUCUCAUACUGCAUGCAAAAGUCGCCCAGAAAUCAUAUGGAAAUGAAAAAAGAUUCUUCUGUCCUCCGCCAUGUGUGUACCUGAUGGGUUGUGGCUGGAAGAAAAAGAAGGAGCAAAUGGAACGCGAGGGCUGUUCGGAGCAGGAGUCUCAGCCUUGUGCCUUUAUUGGUAUUGGAAACAGCGAACAGGAGAUGCAGCAGCUCAACUUGGAGGGCAAGAACUUUUGUACAGCAAAAACGUUAUACAUUUCUGACUCGGACAAACGGAAGCACUUCAUGCUGUCAGUCAAGAUGUUCUACGGCAAUAGUGCAGACAUCGGUGUCUUCCUCAGCAAACGUAUCAAGGUCAUCUCCAAACCUUCCAAAAAGAAACAGUCGCUGAAGAACGCAGACCUGUGCAUAGCUUCUGGGACGAAGGUGGCUCUUUUUAACCGCUUGCGAUCUCAAACUGUCAGUACGCGGUACCUUCACGUGGAGGGUGGAAACUUCCACGCCAGCUCGCAACAGUGGGGAGCCUUUUUCAUUCAUCUAUUGGACGAUGAUGAAUCAGAGGGUGAAGAGUUUACAGUCAGAGACGGUUACAUCCAUUACGGUCAGUCGGUAAAGCUGGUGUGCUCAGUUACAGGCAUGGCUCUACCACGACUGAUCAUUCGAAAGGUGGAUAAGCAGACAGCGCUAAUGGAUGCAGAUGAUCCUGUGUCACAACUACACAAAUGUGCCUUCUACCUUAAAGACACAGAGCGGAUGUACCUCUGCCUUUCUCAGGAGAGGAUAAUACAGUUUCAGGCCACACCCUGUCCAAAAGAAACCAACAAAGAAAUGAUCAAUGAUGGGGCGUCUUGGACAAUCAUCAGCACAGACAAAGCAGAGUACACAUUCUAUGAGGGUAUGGGCCCUGUACCUUCACCUGUUACACCUGUGCCUGUCGUCGAAAGUUUACAGCUAAAUGGAGGAGGAGAUGUUGCCAUGCUGGAGCUGACAGGCCAAAACUUCUCACCUAACCUAAGAGUCUGGUUUGGAGAUGUGGAGGCAGACACUAUGUACAGGUGUGGAGAGAGCGUACUCUGCGUGGUCCCCGACAUCUCUGCGUUCCGCGAAGGGUGGCGUUGGGUUCGGCAGCCGGUGCAGGUUCCUGUGACUCUGGUCCGUAACGAUGGCAUCAUCUACUCCACGGCUCUGACAUUCACGUAUACUCCAGAACCUGGGCCACGGCCACACUGCAGCGCCGCCGGAGCCAUACUGCGAGCCAACAGCAACUCCUCACCAUCUGCUUCUUCCAGUCUGCUGCUGCAGUCGGCCGUCGAUGGCCAGGGGGGAUAUGCCGCAGCCGGGAGUGUGUCUUCAUCUUCAUCCUCUUCCUCGGCUAUGUCUGUAUCCUAACCUGGGAAUUCAUUGUGUGCGGCAAAUGCAGACUCUUAAGUUUCUCGGAAUUAGGAUCACAAAUAUCGGAUACUUGGUGCCACUGAGAGCGAUAGGACUUCACGGAAUGGGCGGCCGAAACAAAUGACGGUCCCUCUUUUCCGAUCUCUCUUUGGGGUUUUCUUUGUUGCGGCUCCUGGCUGUGGUUCUUUUUUCUUGUUUCCUUAGGACGUGGCAACUGAACUAAUUCGUGCUGCGGAGCAACAUGCCACAGGAUCAAUGCAUUAGCCUUACAUGAAAACAAAAAACAAUCAAAAAACUUUUUUAUAACAAAGCCACUUUUGUGUAAGUGCAAGAAGAAAAUGGCUUUGGGAGAUUUUGUUUUCUAUUAAAGGGCUUAAUGCACCGUUUCGGCUUGGAGGAAAAGGUAUCAUAGUAAUAUAGUUUUUACGGACCAAGGAAUAUAAUUAUUAUUAUUAUUGUUAUUUUUAUUGAUAUAUAAUUUUAUAAGCUUUAGCUAAGGUACAUUUUUCACCUUUUUCAGUUUUAUAACACGUAGUAAACGUUUGUUACCAAAUAGUUUUGUAUAUUUCUUGUGAGCGUUUGUGCUCGGAAGGAAAAGGGUUCAUGCAUUUUGAAAGCUUGAACUCAUAGAGCUGCCUUUUCGUGUCUUGGCAAAUGCCUUAAGUUUUCUGGAGUUUUACCAGACCCUCUUCUCUUUUGUAAUAAUAUUUUUGUCAUGUAUAUUGGGUUUGUUCCCUACUUUAUUUUCACUAAACUGAGGUAUAAUAUUGAUGCCAUUUUUGCAUAUUUGGGAGAAAGUGGCUCUUCUCGAUUGCUUUCGUAUUAAGUUUUCAACUCAAAAGCUUUAACUGCCUUCUCCAUUUGGCCUUAAGUGCCAUAUCGUACCCAUCAGUCACAAAUAGCCACUAACCUCUGGCCCCUUUUUCAUUGGCUAUUGAUGUUCAAGCUGGCAAUAUAAUGAUUACCUUUAUGAUGUCCGAGAAAUGGGUUAAUCUUGGUUAAAAAUGCGUAUUGUAGCAACUGAAACUCAAAAGCCUGUGGUAGAUAAGGUCAGUACUAGUCUUGUUUGCGUAUCAUUCUUGCCAUCAGGGUCAUGUAUAUUAUUUUCAGUAUCGUACUAAAAUCGACGUGUAGGGUAACUGCUGCUUUGCUCUUGUUUAGUUCUGAAAUCAUUUCUGGUGAUGAAUUAUUGAUGUCAGCUAGACUACGACUAGACUAGAUAUCAGGCAACAGGCAAACUGUGACAUGUUUUGUAUAGCCCUAGCCAAAGCAACAGUUGUCACCUGUGUUGGUUACCUAUCAAUGAUGUGGAUCUAAUGAAACUGACAUUGAUAAGAAUCUUUGUUGUCUAAAUAACGCCACCAAGGCCUUUAUUACUGAACGCAAUACAAAGGCGGCCUGUGCUUGUUCUGGCCAGAUUUUGUUCAAAAUUACAUCACACUAUUCCGUUCUUCAAUUUCGCUUGAAUUAUAUUGGCGCCUUUACAGAACUGAGAAUACAAAAUUUGAACUCAAGCGUAUUUGGAUUCUGCAUAUAUAAGCGACCACAUGCUUUGAGGCAACUGGCUUAUCGGUGGGAAACUUAACAGAAACAACCGGAAAAGCACUUAUUGCGUUGCGCCGUGGAGAUUUGGUUUAGCUCACAAGAUAAACACAAUCGUGUUUAUUCAUUUUGAUUUUGUGACACAAAUGUGUCCUUUCAACUGAACUGUUUUAUUGCUUUCAUCAGCUUUUUCUGACCUUUUUAGCCAGUUAUGCUCUGUAUAAAAUGUAUAGUACCAAAUGUUUAUUUCCCUAAUAGCUGUAGUCUAAAGCAAACUGAGAAUGAGGCCUUAAACCACUACUGGUUCAUUUUUAUAGGAUAUUGUGGUAAGAUAUAACACUACAAGUUACACCCUUUUGUAAAGAGGGCACGAGCGUUUGUAUGCCUUUUAAGUUUAGGUCACAGCACAACGUUAUGUCAUCUCAAGAGUCUGUGCUUUCUGUGCAGACGUCUUAUUUUGUAGUCAGCGGUUUUAUGUACACCCACCUCUAUAUGCAUCACCAUCAUUUUAUGAGAAGCUUUCAUAAAAGAAUGUGCUUUGGUGUUUGUUUUCAAUCGGUAUGGGCUGCAUUUUGUUACUUUUGUACAGGAGCAGCAAAAGUAUUUCUCCCGUGGUUUUAAUUUGUGAGAUCUUCCAUGGCUAAUAUUGAGAAAUCUAAAUCUAUUAAUAUCCUAUGGUGAUAUAUGUAAUAUUAAUGUUUAUAUGUUAAUAUUAUUAUUAUUAUACAUUUCUUCUAUGUUUGAGGAGAGAUUACCCCCACCCUGUUCUUAGUACAUACUGUGAGCUGUUUUCAAUAGAUUCCUCAAUCAGAUAAGGAUAUACAUCAAUGAAAACUAUCAUAUCUCAGUAGGUGAAAUUGUGAAGGUCAUAUAACCUUUCCAGGUCUGCUUUCAGUGUUAUCUUUUCAUGCCAUGUCUUCCAGAAUGGUCUGAUCACAGAGGAACAGGUUAAUGGUUCAUUUUAAACCGUUGUUUCAUCAUUUCUGUCACGCAAGUUAGAUCGCUAACCUGUCACCCCACCCAUGCCACUGUACCUUCAUGUGUGGUAUAUUGGAUCACUGUUAUCUUUGUCAGUUUUGUCUGUAGAAGAUGAUGGCUGUUUUCUCAAAAAUCACAAGUAAUUGUUUUUUGUUUGAAAGUUACCAGCCUUUGCCAGACGGCUGCCAGCCGUGCUGGUAUUGCGUGCAUGAUCUCUAGCAGAUUUGAACUGUAUUGGUGCUGUCUAACUCUUAAAGGGCCAGUGUAUCUGUUGCUUUUGGAAUGGAUCACUAAACACUGAAAUAGAUGCAAAAAGUGUCCUGUUGU